AUGUACCCUACUUCCAGUGCAGAGGUAGCAGAGGAGGCUUUUGGACUGGUGGUAGGACUGGUGGUAGGUGAUGUUGUUGGUCUGGUGGUAGGGGGUGUUGUAGGACUGGUGGUAGGUGAUGUUGUUGAACUGGUGGUAGGGGAUGUUGUAGGACUGGUGGUAGGGGAUGUUGUAGGACUGGUAGUAGGAAAUGUUGUAGGACUGGUGGUAGAGAAUGUUGUUGGACUGGUGGUAGUGGAUGUUGUUGGACUGGUGGUAGGGGAUGUUGUGGGACUGGUGGCAGGCGAUGUUCUAGGACUGGUAGUGUGGGAGUUUGUUGGAUAG